GCGUGAGAAAGUUGCCAUUGAGGUAAAGCAGAGCUAGACGGUGGACUGUCGCCGUCGCUGUGGGAGUUGUUGCUAUCAAAACUAACAACAUAUUUCCUCUUUUUUCUUGAAAUCUAUUUUGGACGCAGGUUUGCAUCCAAACUCAGCGGGGAAGUAAAUAUUUCUGUUUUUGUUGACAGUUCAACCGCCAACUAGCGACCGCGGCGAGUCAAGUGGGAACUCUUCACUGCAAUUAACUUGUGUGGAUUUGUUUCUGAUGCUCUGACAGAGAGCCGACAGUUUGCGGCUGUCUGUUGGGGGUCUACUGGCUUUUUCUUGUUCGUUUGUUUGUUUGGUCGUCUCCCUGUACUCGGAAUAUAUCGGAAACCCUCACGAAACAAACGCUGGCUUAGUUUCUCACCUGGUUCUUACCCUCCUCUUCUCCCCCAGCUUAGCUGCCUCCAGCUAAUGAGCCGUUUCCUGUGUUGUUCCGGUUGAUUUACGGCCACGCUGCCGGUGGAGCGGAGGAGAGACCGCGGCCGAGAGACACAGAGUAGCUAACAGGGAUUCACAUUAAACGGUCGGUGAACUCGGACGGAGCGGCGGGGCGGCCGGUUUUGUUUAAAAUUAACGACAGUUGGCCCUAAUAAUAACGGCGGAUGGAUUCGUCUCCGUGAUCUGGAGCACCCCACAUCCUCACUGUACCCUCAUUUGAUCCCUCUAUUUUUAAGAAGGCAACGGUUGCAUCCUCCCGGAGAUAACAAUGUUUCCCCAGGGGCGACACCCGACGCCCCACCAGGCUCCAGGCCAGCCCUUCAAGUUCACCAUCCCAGAGUCACUGGACCGCAUCAAGGAGGAGUUCCAGUUUCUUCAGGCACAGUACCACAGUCUCAAGCUGGAGUGUGAGAAGCUGGCCAGUGAAAAGACGGAGAUGCAGAGACACUAUGUCAUGUACUAUGAGAUGUCUUAUGGCCUCAACAUCGAAAUGCACAAACAGACUGAGAUUGCCAAGAGACUAAACACCAUCUGUGCACAAGUCAUUCCCUUCCUCUCGCAGGAGCAUCAGCAACAGGUGGUCCAAGCUGUGGAGCGAGCCAAACAGGUGACCAUGGCAGAGCUCAAUGCUGUCAUCGGGGUACGUGGACUGCCAGGGCUUCCACCUACACAGCAGCAUCUAUCCCAUAACCAUGGUGGUGCUCCUGUGCCCCUCACCCCUCACCCUGCCGGCCUCCACCCCUCUCAGUUGGGUGGUUCGGCUGGUCUCCUGGCUCUAUCAGGAGCACUUGGUGCUAUUCCUCCCCAUCUGAUGGGAAAAGAUGGUGGUGAUAAAAAGCCCCACCUGUCAGGACCAGACUCACACCCUGCGGGACCUGAGCACCUGAGAGAGCGAGAGCCCAGCACAAGUAACUCAUUGCUGCCAGAAAGUCUUAGGAACUCAGAUAAGCGACGCAACGGACCUGAGUUUCCAAAUGACACCAAGAAACGCAAGGUGGAUGACAAAGACUCUAGCCACUAUGAUAGCGACGGGGAGAAAAGUGAUGAUAAUUUAGUGGUGGAUGUCUCGAAUGAGGAUCCUGCCUCACCUCGUGGCACGCCUCUUCCCUCCCCGAGAGAAAAUGGUCUGGAUAAAGCACGUCUUCUCAAGAAAGAUCCCUGUAGUCCAGCCUCUACUGCAUCAUCAGCUAGCUCCUCCUCCCUCAAGUCCAAAGAGAUGUCAAUGCGAGACAAGGCAGGUACACCAGGACUAAAAUCAAGCACACCUACGCCAAGAGGUGACUCCACCCCUGGUCCAAGCUCCACUCCUGGAAUCCGGCCCAGUCUAUCAAAACCCCCCUCCAUGGAGAUGCCACAUCCACCCACUGCAGGUUUGCGGACCCCCCUGGCUGUACCAGGCCCAUACCCGGGUGCAUUUGGUAUGUUGCCCCACGCAGCAGGAAUGAACGGGGAGCUGGCUGGUGCUGCCGGGGCUGCGGCCUAUGCUGCCGGACUACACAACAUGUCACCUCAGAUGAGUGUCGCUGCUGCGGCCGCUGUGGCUGCAUAUGGCCGUUCACCAAUGGUCGGUUUUGAUCCUCAUCCUCACAUGCGAGUUCCUGGAAUGCCGCCCAGUCUGACAGGAAUCCCUGGCGGCAAACCUGCUUACUCCUUUCACGUGGCGGCCGACGGACAGAUGCAGCCGGUGCCGUUCCCCCCUGAUGCUUUGGUGGGCCCAGGGAUCCCUCGCCACGCCCGUCAGAUCAACACACUGAACCAUGGAGAGGUGGUGUGUGCCGUUACCAUCAGUAACCCCACCCGACACGUUUACACAGGAGGGAAGGGCUGCGUCAAGGUCUGGGAUAUUAGUCACCCAGGAAACAAAAGCCCAGUGUCGCAGCUUGACUGUCUGAACCGAGACAAUUACAUCCGCUCCUGUCGUCUCCUCCCUGAUGGUCGGACACUGAUUGUGGGAGGUGAGGCGAGCACGCUGUCAAUCUGGGAUUUGGCCACGCCCACUCCCAGGAUUAAGGCGGAGUUAACAUCAUCGGCACCAGCAUGUUACGCUCUGGCCAUCAGCCCAGACUCCAAGGUCUGCUUCUCUUGCUGCAGCGAUGGAAACAUCGCAGUCUGGGAUUUACACAACCAGACACUCGUUAGGCAGUUCCAGGGCCACACAGAUGGAGCCAGCUGUAUUGACAUCUCCAAUGACGGCACCAAGCUGUGGACCGGAGGCCUCGAUAACACUGUCCGCUCCUGGGAUCUGAGAGAGGGACGACAGCUGCAGCAGCAUGACUUUACAUCACAGAUCUUCUCUCUUGGCUACUGUCCAACAGGAGAGUGGCUCGCUGUGGGAAUGGAGAGCAGCAACGUUGAGGUCCUUCAUGUCACCAAGCCUGACAAAUACCAGCUUCAUCUACAUGAGAGCUGUGUACUCUCCUUGCAGUUUGCCUACUGUGGUAAAUGGUUUGUGAGCACAGGAAAGGAUAACUUACUGAAUGCAUGGAGAACACCGUAUGGAGCCAGCAUAUUCCAGUCUAAAGAAUCAUCCUCGGUGCUAAGCUGUGACAUAUCUGUGGACGACAAGUACAUCGUCACUGGUUCAGGGGACAAGAAGGCCACUGUUUACGAGGUCAUCUACUAAAAUAUGGAAACAAAGCAAGGGCAUUUGUUCUUUCCCACACAACUGAUAUGUUUCUAGAAAUUUUCAAGUGGAGCCAGAAAUCGCAGACAGGAGUGACCUUGAUGACACCUUCUUUUUUCUGUUACAUCUGCCGAGGAGACGCAGGAAGGAGACAAACAUUUUACAUGCACACAUCUAUUGUGCCUGUAUACAUGACUCCAUAUCAGCUGAGAAUUAACUGGAGCAGCUGGAUGUUAAUGAAAGGAGAGGAAUCAUUUGGAUGUUCUUGUCUCUACUGUUUUCUGCUACGAACUGCACUGGGAUCAGUUACAGGGAGCCGACAAUGACUGAACCAAAAGGGGGCACUGCAUUGUUUGACUGGAACCAGCUCUUCUGGAGAACACUAUACUGAACAUCAGAUUUUAAAACACACUUGAUUCAGUGCCACGACCAGGGGCAGAGAUCCUAGAAGGAACACUCAAACCAGAUUGUUGAAUUUGUAAACACGUGGCAGAUGGAAAGCGGAAAAUGUGGACAAAAACUGACAAAAUAGUGGAGAGAUGGAUGAGAAGCAACAUUUUACAGUGAAUGCAGAACAUGUUGAUUUGUAUUUUGUUCCAGACAGAGAAUGCUUACAGCCUGUUGAUAGCCCAGCUGUGACUCUCUGACCUUAGAACCUCAGCUUGCUGUUCUGAUACGCCUACACUGCCUGAAAAGUACCUUUUCUGUCUUAACAGUAAGUCCUAUCCUCACUAACUGCACUGUAGUAGCUGUCCAACUACACGCUUAGUACACACACAAUGACAGUUUUAGAAAUACUGAAGGCCAUGUAGACUUGUAUAGCAUCACGCUGUUGUUGAUUUCUGUGAUGGGUUUGUUUGAUCCUCAUGAGGUACCCAUUUCAGAUGCCACCAAAAAGCAUUUACAUACUUUGGAGAAAAAUUUGCUUACCAAACCAAAUAAACUUCUAGAACAGGAGAAUAUAUUGUAAAUGUUGUUACAGAAGGAUUAACUCUGGUUGUGUUCUUCUUUUUUUCUCCUCUAUUUCUUAUGAUCCUGGUUGAAAGACUAAUUAGUAGAAACCUGAAGGGGAAAAAAAGUUUAAAAGAUUGAAUUAAUCCUCAAAUCCCAUUGAUCCUCCUUCUCUAGUGUACCUGUUUCAACAGAUUAUUUCCCUACUUAUAUUUUUUCACAUAACUUUACUCCACAAGCAACAUAAGCCUUCUUACUGGAUUUUCUUUUAACUUUUUAGCCCCUUACACUCUAUACUUGAGCCACAGUGUGCGUCAUCAACUGCACAUGUUGAUGGGGUUUCCAUUAGCAAAGUGAGCCCCUAUUACCUGAAGUUGAGCUGAAAACAUUUCAGAGACUCGGUAUUGAUAAUUGUUCAACUGGAGAGAGCUUCAGAUUUACAAAUAGCCUUUUCGAUAUGGUCUUGUUGAAGUCAAGAUGUGGCCCCUGCUGUCAAUUUGAAUGUAAUUCAUUUGCUAGUGGACCAAGUUAAUUGGUUGAGGUCAUAAUGAUUAAACUUAAUGGUCCCCCUUAAUUUAAAUGAAUCACUGUUUUCAAAUUCACCCCGACCCUGCCUUUAUCACUCUUUGAAACACGAUGUCUUACUGUAUGGAUAGUUAAUCAUGCUUCAUAAACAGGGACCAACUAUACUUCUAAAAAGAUCAUCUUGACAAGUAAAUUAACUUUGUGUUUUAACAAGUGAAAAGUCCUUUCUACCAUACUCAUUAAAUAAACGCCAUCUUAAAAACUGCCUUUUAAAAAAAAUACUGCUAUUUGUUUCUGCUAAUGUUCUUGAAUGUGGGACAUUUGUGAAAUUGCCUUGAAAAGAACAACUGUGUCAUGAUGUUGUCUUUUCACUUUACAAAGAAGAUUUACAAGCAAGAUUAAAUUAUUUGUCAAGAUAUAGUCUUAAAGAGAAGGUCAGCAAAGGUGCAGUUGUAUUUCAGCUUCAGGAAGGCGUCAGUCAGUUUCAGCCAUUUUAAACUCAUUAUUUUCUUGACCUUGUGCUUAGUUUGUUUUUUUUUAAUCUAUUUUUGUCUGUUGAAUGUUUGUAAAAAUGUAUAUAUCUGUUUUUUUUUCUUACAGGACAUGCUUUAGAAAUAACAAACUGUUUUUGUACAUCUUUUACAUGAAAAAGAAAUGUCUAAUCAGGAGAAAUACUAAAUGGUCUUAAUGCUAGCUAAUCUAAAAUUAUUGAAAUAUCUAGACAAUAAAUGUUUUUUUUUGUAACUGGA